GACGACUCGGAAAUCGAGCGAACGCAGCCGCGAAGCAAAGCGCAGCGAGUCGGUAGUUGGCGGCUCGAGCAGCUCGCAAUAAGCAGAGUCGGUCGGUCAGUGGUGAUAAGAAUAAACCGUGGUUUAAGAAAGAAAGAUAAGCUGGCGGACUACGAGAGGAAAAUUCUCGAUUGCGGGAGUAUGGAGUAAAGCCAGACCGAGUCCUCGGGCCGACGAAAGCGAUGAACGGUUCUCGGCUUGGCAGAGGCCGUGGUGGCCGGCUCGCGGUCUACGCUGGAAGUCUUGUGGGCCUCCUGCUCCUGGUGAUGGUGUAUCGCGCAGCCGUCUCGGAGAUGGCGAGACUUCGAGAAAUCCACGUCCAGUGCACCCACGACAAAGAAUCGUUGGCCGCUCAGUUUCAAGUGAUAUCCGAGUACAAGAUGAGAAUUGAGAAGUCUCUGGCGGAUGAGAAGAGCGCGAACGUUGCCGCGAAGCAGGAACUCGAGCACAGGGCGACGAUCGAGAAAUCGCAACGGGACAAGGAUCUCGUGGAAGCGAAUCACAGGUACAACUCUUUGGACCAGGAGUUCAAGACCCUCAAGACCCAGUACAAGGAUUAUCUCGACGAGUGCGCGAUGAAGCAGCAACAGGCGUCCGAGGAGAAGACAAGGCUCGAAAACACUUUGCAGGAGCUCAGGACCGAAGUCCAGCGGGCGCAGGAAGACAGGGACGCGGCGAAGAACAGCCUCGAGAACUUCAAGAACAAGUAUCUUACCGUCGAAACGGAGAAGGGCCGGUUCGAAAACAUGUACAACGACAUGGUCAAGACCAAUGAGGCGACGGCCAUGGAGAAGCAGAAACUCGAGAAACAUGUUCACCAGCUCAAAAUUGAGCUCGAAGAUGUGAAGAGAUCCUGUGGUCAGCCCGCCGCACCUCCGUCAUUUGUAGGCGAACCGAACGGAGCGGCGCCGAAGGAGGCGGAAGGGGGCCAAGACGCUGGAGCAGCAAUGAACCUGGCGAAACCGCCGGCUCCGCAACAGAGCACGUCGACGACGAUGCCGAGGUUGCGAGCAGCGCAGGUUGGCGACGGCUCCUUGAAGUCGAGUACGAAGGGAUCGACGCAACCCGGAGAAAAGUCGUCUCCUGGUGUCCGGAAGGUGAAACUUCCCGCUGGAGUUCCGCCCAUCCCGAAAUUCGAGGCGGAAAGAAACCCCGCGGCAACGAAUGGAGAUAAAGUUGAAAAGGGCCGGGGCGAUGCCGCCGAGCUUCCAUUCGAGGAGGAAAAGCUCCAAGGUCCAGUCGCCGAUAAUCAGGUCGCGAACCCUCCUCAUUUACCCGCCGCGCAACGUCAUCCUGGGGAACAGGCCCAACCUCGCCAGGACAGCUGGGCCUGGCCCGCCAAAGUUGCCCCCGGGGUCCAGGAAAUUGGCGACGAGCUCAGCAACAGGGAAAAGAUACCAGGGCUCGAGGAGACGGGGAUUCGACAAAUUGCUGACGGUGUUGAGUACGGUCAGUACGGUGCUGAUUACGAGAAGGAUUCGCCGAUGAAAAACAACGAUCUGCACUUAGAGGAAGGGGAAGAAGAGGGAGAAGACGGAGACGACCCGCUGGACUAUCCGAUACUCGAGGGAAACAAUAUGAAGGCUGGAAAGAAUCCGGAAUGAGAAGCAACGAUUUAAGAGG